GGCCGAGGGAAAAGUCGCUCGCAUGGGAGUUGGCAUCGUGGGCGCCAGGUGCCUCCGUAUUGCCCAGCAGGAAGGGCGGGGGCCCCCCGUCCCUGGCCGCAGGGAAGCCAGUGUUCGUCCGUAGGCGGGAAGGCAGGCAGGGGCCCAUCGUCCCCCGGAACCCCUCUGCCAGCUGCCCGGCGCCCUCCGUUGUGGGGUGUGUGCGGGAGGGGGGCGGGUGAAAGCAGCCUUCCGGGACCAGAGGAGGCCGCGAGGGCCCGAGUGUCAAGACCAGUCUUCCAUCCUUGGGAACCGUCACCCUCCGACUGGCCCUGCCUGUGGGAAGAGGGGACACGGGCUGGAAAAGCGGGGACCAGAGGGGACCCACAGGCAGCCCUAGAAGGUGCGAGAAGAGCCUCCCAUGCUGCACGCGCGUGUAGACUUUCCUUUCCUCGCGAGGGAGUUAAGGGAAUGAAAAGGUGGUUUCAAGCCAUGACACCUGCUGCUGCAGAGGCGAGCGCGGCGAGCGCAAGUCUGGCUGAGGGGAGCGGCUCGGCUCUGAGGUGCGCAUGGAGACUCCCAUUCAGAAGCUUCCUAAGUGGUUGCAACUCGAUAGCACAAAAACAAACGCAAUGAGGAGCAAAACAUCCCUUCUGGAAUAGGCGCCUGAACGGACUCAGGUCUACAUUAGACGUUUUAAAGGCCCCAACCGCAGACCGCGGCGUGAAAACCGGAGCGUGAGGAAACUUCUCCCGCCGCGGUUUUGCAGAGACACUGGCCCCGAGCCCUCCAGAGGUAGUGGGAAGGAUCCUCGCGAGAAGGGACGCGAAACUCCCGCCCCCAACCGCCACGAGAGGACCUGCCCCCCCCCCCCCCGUAGAGGAACCGGAAGCGUGCGUUCCGGGGCCGGAAGUAGUGUUGACUCGGUACACGUGAGCUGCGGAAUGGCGGCUCACCGCUCCGGCCCGCUGAAACAGCAGAAUAAAGCUCAUAAAGGCGGGCGUCAUCGGGGUCGGGGAUCUGCGCAACGGGACGGCAAGGGACGUCUAGCACCGAAAACCCUGACCAAGAAGGUGAGAAAAGACCUCAGCAGAGUAGACCAGAGGCAUCGUGCCAGCCAGCUACGAAAGCAGAAGAAGGAGGCGGUUUUGGCAGAGAAGAGACAGCUGGGCAACAAGGACGGGCCUCCUCAUCAAGUACUGGUGAUACCUCUUCAUGGCAGCAUUUCCCUCCCUGAGGCUUUUCGGCUGUUUCAGGACAGGGACACUGGAACUGUAGUGCAUUUGAAUGAAGGGGGAUGCACUGAUAGCUUUAUGCUGUUAUCCUCGCACUUGAAACAUCGCUGGUGUUUCACAUCUGCAAAACCAGGAGAUUUGCACACUGUGUUAGAUUUGGCUAAAGUGGCUGAUACCAUCCUGUUUCUCCUUGAUCCACUAGAAGGCUGGGACAGCACAGGGGAUUACUGCCUUUCCUGCCUCUUUGCUCAAGGACUUCCUACGUACACACUAGCUGUCCAGGGGGGUUCUGGCCUCCCAGCGAAGAAACAAAUAGAUGCCAGAAAGAAGCUGAGUAAAACAGUAGAAAAGCGCUUUCCUGGUGACAAACUCCUUCUGUUAGACACUCAACAGGAGGCAGGAAUGUUGCUCAGGCAGUUAGCUAACCAAAAGCAGCGACAUCUUGCCUUUCGAGAUCGCCGGGCCUACAUGUUUGCACAUGCUGCUGACUUUGUUCCUAGUGAAGAGAAUAACUUGGUGGGCACCUUGAAAAUCUCAGGCUAUGUUCGUGGGCAGGUUCUGAAUGUCAAUAGCUUGCUGCAUAUCGUUGGACAUGGUGACUUCCAGAUGAAACAAAUAGAUGCACCUGUGGACCCUUUCCCUCUAAAUCCUAGAGUGCUGAAAUCCCAGAAGAACCCAAUGGCAAUGGAGAUCUGUGCUACAGAUGCUGUGACUGAUAUGGAAGAAGACAUUAGGAUCCUGGUAAAGGCAGACCCUGAGAGGCAAGAAUCUUUGCAAACAGAAGUCAUCCCAGACCCAAUGGAAGGGGAGCAGACCUGGCCCACUGAAGAGGAGCUGAGUGAGGCAAAUGACUUCUCGAAGAAAAGACCCAGGGUGGUAAAAAAGGUUCCCAAAGGCACAUCCACUUACCAAGCUGAGUGGAUUUUGGAUGAAGAUGGUGAAAGUGGAGAAGAUGAGUCUGAUGACACAGAACAUGAAGAUUUUAUGGAAGAUGAGUCUCAGGAUGAGAGUGGUGAAGAGGAGGAGGAAGAGGAGUGUGAAACUAUGACUAUAGGGGAAUCUGUGCGCGAUGAUCUUUAUGAUGAAAAAGUGGAUGAGGAGGCUGAGGAAAAAAUGUUGGAGAAAUACAAACAAGAGAGACUGGAAGAGAUGUUUCCAGAUGAAGUAGAUACCCCUCGUGAUGUGGCUGCUAGAAUUCGAUUUCAGAAAUACAGAGGCCUGAAGAGUUUUCGAACAUCUCCGUGGGAUCCUAAAGAGAACCUCCCUCAAGAUUAUGCUAGAAUCUUUCAGUUUCAGAACUUUACCAAUACUCGGAAACGUAUCUUUAAAGAGAUUGAAGAAAUGGAGGUUGAAGGAGCUGAGGUUGGCUGGUAUGUCACACUUCAUGUCUCUGAAGUCCCUGUCUCAGUGUUGGAGCACUUCAAGCAAGGAGUACCCUUAAUUGCAUUUUCUUUACUACCUCAUGAACAGAAGAUGUCAGUACUGAAUAUGGUUGUAAGCCGACACCCUGGCAACACAGAACCUGUGAAAGCCAAAGAGGAGCUCAUCUUCCACUGUGGGUUCAGGCGCUUCCGAGCCUCCCCUUUAUUCUCUCAGCACACUGCAGCGGAUAAGCAUAAAUUUCAGAGGUUCCUGACUGCUGAUAUGGCCCUGGUGGUGACUGUAUAUGCUCCAAUCACCUUUCCCCCUGCAUCUGUACUGCUUUUUAAGCAGAAUAGUAAUGGAAUGCACAGCCUUAUUGCUUCGGGCUAUUUAUUGUCGGUGAAUCCGGACAGAAUGAUAAUCAAAAGGGUUGUUCUGAGUGGUCAUCCUUUUAAAAUUUUUACUAAGAUGGCAGUAGUACGUUACAUGUUCUUCAAUAGAGAUGAUGUGCUGUGGUUUAAACCAGUGGAGCUAAGAACAAAGUGGGGCCGCAGAGGACACAUCAAGGAGCCUUUAGGUACUCAUGGCCACAUGAAAUGCAGUUUUGAUGGAAAGCUAAAGUCUCAGGACACAGUGCUGAUGAACCUCUAUAAACGAGUUUUCCCCAGGUGGACCUAUGACCCAUAUGUACCAGAACCAGUGCCUUGGGUGAGAAAUGAGACUACUUCAGCAGCGCCUCAAGUGGACAUGCAGUAAUGGAUCCAGCCUCAAUGCUGCUGCGAGCAUUCUGGGGAAGACAGCUAGCAGGUUGUAGACAGACAGUUUGUGUUUUCUACUUUAGCCUAGAGGUCUGCUCUCCCUUUUUGCAGAAGGCUUUUUUGGGGGGAGGGGAGUUUUGCCUUGGGGGCCCUGAGAAGAUGUUUAAGUAUGAGUGUUUUUCCUGUUA